GCCAUUUUGUUUUGUGCAAAAACAUCGUUCACUCUACUAUCAAAAAUUACUUCUCCUCGAGUCUCCAAGUCGUACGCACGUUCGUAAUCAAUCACUGAAAGAUCGAACAAAGAUGUACAAGGUUCUGUUGUUGACUGCUAUGGUUCUGAUGGAAAACGUUUUUCUGUUUGGACCCCGCAAAACUGCUGCUGCAGCAAGCUCGAGAAUGCUGCCUGGCGUGGUUUAUCAGCCGUGUCACCAUGGUUGGGUGACCUACGAAGGCUCAUCAUCCUGCUACAAAGUACCACCGCACCCUACCAACAAUUGGUACGAAGCCCGUAAAACAUGUCUGUCCAUGGGGAGUGACCUUGUGAAGAUUACCUCGACUCAAGAGAACAACUACGUGGCCAUGCUUGUACACACGUAUUUCCCGUCAACCAAUUACAUGUGGAUUGGAUUCCUGGCAGAUGCGAAGCGCAAAUUCACCUGUGUGGAUGGCACCCCCCUGAUUGGUCAGUACUCGAACUGGGCCUCCGGUGAACCCAGCACGAAAGGUGAAGACUGCGGAUCGAUAUUUUUGACUAAAAUACAUGACAUGAAGUGGAAUGAUCUUUCGUGUCUGUGGACCACUAAAAUAGGCUAUGUCUGUGAAAAAGAAAGGCCUAAGAUCGUGCAGAGAGGGUGUUAAGACUUUUCUGUAACGACCAUUAACUAUGGUCGUCAUUCAAGUAGCUGUAGUACAUGAAAUGAAUGAAUGAAAUAAAUGUUGGUGAUAAAGGUCAA